CAAGUGUGUAUGCUUGCGCAUCUUCUGUCGUCCUUAUCACGCGCACACAGACACGCACAGACAUACUGAUUCUCACCCUCGAGCGCCCAGUCAGUCACUCGGUGGGAUCGUGGCGCGUGUGAGAAAUCGGCUUACACGCUGAGGACAGCGAGGAGCGGAUGUGCGCGCGCCGCGUGUGGAUGUGAACCCACAACGCGCACAGGAGCCAGGUGUCGAGCAGCUUGCUUUCUUUAGUGUUUCUAUGAUUUCAUUCUGGUGGAAAAAAUGAUGAAUUCCUAAUUUGAACCAUGACUGGACAUGGGGGCUAGUCGUGUGUGUUUUUAGUGACCGGUGAAUGUAAUGCGCCACGAUCAUGGACCUUAAAGCGCAUGGGGGGAGCUUGUGAGAGAACUCGAUGGCAGAACUUGAAGUUUGCAGGAAUCUCAGUUUGGAGAGGGUGGAGCGAUGCAUGAGCGUAAUGCAGUCGGGGACACAGAUGGUGAAGCUCAAGGCGGGAUCCAAAGGGCUGGUGAGACUCUUUUACCUGGAUGAGCAUCGCUCCUGCAUCCGCUGGAAGCCAUCACGCAAGAGCGAGAAGGCCAAGAUCACCAUCGACUCACUGUACAAAGUGACAGAGGGCGGCCAGUCAGACAUCUUCCAUCGGCAUCCCGAGGGCAGCUUGGACCCGGCGUGCUGCUUCACCGUCUACCAUGGCAACCACAUGGAGUCCCUGGAUCUGGUUACGUCCAACUCGGAUGAAGCUCGGACCUGGGUCACGGGCCUCCGAUACCUGAUGGCCGGCAUCAGCGACGAGGACUCUUUGGCCAAACGGCAGCGCACCCACGACCAGUGGAUGAAGCAAACAUUUGAGGAAGCCGAUAAAAACGGCGACGGCCUGCUGAACAUCGAUGAGAUCUACCAACUCCUCCACAAGCUCAACGUCAAUCUCCCACGGAGGAAGGUCAAACAAAUGUUCCAGGAAGCAGACACAGAUGAUCAGCAGGGUACGCUUACGUAUGAUGAGUUUGCCGUCUUCUACAAGAUGAUGUCCAUGCGGCGGGAUCUCUUCCUGCUGAUGAUGGCCUACAGCGACAGGAAGGACCACCUGACGGCCGACGAUCUGGCCAACAUGCUGCGCUGCGAGCAGAAGAUGGUCAACAUAACUCCAGAAUAUGUGGCUGAAAUCAUUGACAAGUUUGAGGUGUCCGACGAGAACAAACAACAUGGUGUCAUGGGGAUUGAAGGUUUUACAAGCUUCAUGCGUAGUCCAACGUGCGAUAUUUUCAACCCGCUGCACCACGACGUGAACCAGGACAUGGAUCAACCCCUGUGCAACUAUUUCAUCGCCUCCUCUCACAACACGUACCUGACCGGAGACCAGCUGCUGUCGCACUCCAAGACCGACAUGUACGCCUGGGUUCUCCAGUCCGGCUGUCGCUGCGUUGAAGUGGACUGUUGGGACGGUCCAGAUGGCGAGCCGAUGGUCCAGCACGGCUACACGCUGACCUCCAAGAUCACCUUCAAGUCAGUCAUAGAGACCAUCAACAAAUACGCCUUCAUCAAUAACCAGUACCCGGUGCUUCUGUCCAUUGAGAAUCAUUGCAGCAUCCAGCAGCAAAAGAAGAUUGCCCAGUAUCUGAGAGAAGUGUUUGCCGACAAGCUGGACGUCGGGCACGUGCUCACCAGAGAGUCCAAGACGUUACCUAGCCCUCAGAGCCUGCAGGGCAAGAUUCUCAUUAAAGGAAAGCGUCUCCCUGCAUAUCUGUCUGCGGAUGCCGAGGAAGGCGAGGUGUCCGACGACGACAGUGCAGACGAGAUUGAGGACGACUUCAAGCUCAAGAACAGCAAUGGGAAUGGUCACCAUCACCAAGUGGAGUCUCACAUCAGGAAGAAGCUGGACUCUCUCCUGAAGGAGUCUCGUAUCGGCGACAAGGAAGACACAGACAGCUUCAGCAUCAGAGCUCUGCUGAGGGCCACACACCAGGGCCUGCAGAAGAACCUUCGCCAGAGCUCCAGGGGGGUUUUGAAGAAAUCUCAAAGCCGAUCCUUCAUCACCACAAUCAAACAGAAGAGGCACUCCAAAUCGCGGCUCACCUGCCAAAGCGGGGAGGAGGACGAUGAGCAGGAGACGUCCACACGGGAAGCCGGAGUGCAGUUUAACAGGGGAGGAAGGAAGAGGAAGACGAUGAAGCUGAGUCGGGAUCUGUCAAACUUGGUGGUGUUCACCAAUUCUGUGGCCUCGCAGGAGUGUCUCAACGAAGGUACGCCGGGCGACGUUCUGUCAUUCAGCGAGACCAGAGCCCAAUCGCUGGUCCAUCACAGAGCUGAGCACUUCCUGGCUUUCAAUCAGAGGCAGCUGUCACGGAUUUAUCCCUCGGCAUACCGCAUCGACUCGUCCAAUUUCAAUCCCCAGUUCUACUGGAACGUCGGCUGUCAGCUGGUGGCGCUCAACUAUCAGACGGAAGGCCGAAUGAUGCAGCUCAACAGGGCCAAGUUCAUGGUGAACGGAGGCAGCGGAUACGUCCUCAAGCCCCCGCCCAUGUGUAAAGGCACCUUCAACCCAUUUAGUGAUGACCCACUUCCAGCAUGUCCCAAGAAGCAGCUCGUUCUUAAGGUCAUUAGCGGACAGCAUUUGCCCAAACCGCCAGAUUCCAUGCUGGGGGACCGCGGAGAGAUUAUUGAUCCAUUCGUUGAAGUGGAGAUUAUCGGUCUGCCUAUUGACUGCUGCAAGGAGCAAACGCGCGUUGUUGAUGACAAUGGUUUCAAUCCGGUGUGGGAGGAGACGCUGUCCUUCACGCUGCACAUGGCCGAGGUGGCUCUGGUGCGCUUCCUGGUGUGGGAUCAUGACCCCAUCGGACGAGACUUCAUCGGUCAACGGACAGUUGCCUUCAGCAGCCUCAUGCCCGGUUACAGACACGUCUACCUCGAGGGCCUGACCGAGGCGUCCAUCUUUGUGCACGUGUCAGUGCACGACGUCUACGGCAAAUGGAGUCCUCUAGUCCUGAAUCCCAGCUUUACCAUAAUGCACUUUCUAGGAUCCAGCAAGGGAAAUCAGUUUCGAGGCAUCCGCGGUUUGUUCAACCGCACUUCCAAGUCCUCCGUGGAUACGACCUCGGCAGGCAUUCGGAAGCGCUCCAUCAGCGACCAUCUCCUGCGCCGCACCGCCAGUGCGCCGGCGAAGGGCCGCAAGAAAACCAAGAUGUCGCUGUCUGAGUCGGCGGCCUUCAUGUCAGAGCACAAGAACGGUGCGGGCGUUGAGGCGAUUGGAGAGGGCGUGUCUGGGAAGGAGCCAGGGGGGGAAAAGAGGCCCCAGGCCCGGCCCCCCCUCACCCACAGACCAACCUCCAUGCCUUUAGAAAGGCUUCUACAGGGGCAGCUAACUCUGUGCUCCGGAGACAAGGAGCAUGAAAUGGGUGCAAAUGCAGUCAUUGGAACGUACACCUUUGACAGAGUCAGAUCUUCCUCUGUGGAUCUUCUCAUGAAAACAUCUGCUUGCAUUAAAGAAAGCGUCCAAUCCCCCUCUAAGAUGGACUUCAACUGGAAAAAAGAUCUCAAUAAGCCACAGGAGGCCUCUUAUCUGGUUGUUGGCGAUGGUAGCGUUAGAAAUGAAGAUGACUAUGUCAAUUACCAAGCAGGUAACAAUCAAGGCAGCCAGUCUAAGAUGCCUCCAGCACCUUCUACCAACAAACUGUGUAGAUCAGAUGAACCAGAAACUUUUUCAACCAGCACAGCGUUCACAGUUGCACCUUCUGUGUCCUCAUCCUCCUCUUCCUCUGGCCCUUCCUCCGUGACCCCUUUUUCCCCUGUCAAGAUGAACCGUGACCUGAAGUGUCCUAGCUCACUACAUGACAGCACUAUUUCCAGACUCAUUGAUGCUAUGUCCUUAGGCAACGAGCAAGAUACACAAGGCUCCAUAUCAGCUCUGAUUGGUCAAUUUGAAAGCACUGGUGACCAAAACGAGUUCAACUCCUCUCGCGAUCAUGUGCUUUCUCCUCCCAGAGAGCUUCAAGAUGUCAGGUCUACUCCAACAAUGUCAGUCAAUCUAAACGUUCCCCAAAUUGCCACUCCAAGAACAACCCUUUCACCAUGCACAAUUCAUCUGCCAGAUUCAACCGGCCCUGCUCUCUUCUCCAGUCCAGAAACCGCUGAUCUUGAAGAGGUCUAUACCAUUCUAGAUGAGGAGAUGCUAUCACCUCCGAUAUCGGUGUACAACCAGAAAAAUGAGUCAGUCCGUGCUCAGGCAAGUACUCUGAACAGCAUACCAUCAAGCAGUUUGGCUUCUUCUCCAGCAAAAGUGGCUCAAGGUUUAGGGAGCCUGCGCAAUCAGUGUUGGAAUGAGGUGAUUACCACAAAUUGCGGGAGGAAUGGAGAUCCAGAGGAGGUAGAGGAGAGUGUGUAUGAGGAAGUAUUUGAUCCACCGGCACCCACAACAGAACAACAGAGAAGUUCUACUCAAAGAUACACGCUAUCACCUCUGAAGUCUUUCCAGUUGUCCCAUGACCGCAUCGGCAAUGCUUUUGCAGAGGUGGAGGUGAAUGUUGAUGAGGAUCCAACAGAAGUGAGGUUGACCUCACCAAAACAAGCAUGGGAGACCCCCAGUAGUCCAUCGCAACAGAGUGCUAUUUACCAAAACGAGACUACUCCAGAAUACUCUCAACAAAGACAUCCUCUGCCAUAUUGGGAGCCUCAGCACUACCCAACGUUUUCAACACCGUGUCCCUCCCCGUACAGCAAACCUUUGUAUCAGCGACCGAAUCAACAGUCCAGCGUCCAAUCUUCUCCAAUGCAUAGACUCAUAGACUCGAAACUUUCCAAACCAAGACCACUAAGCCACAACGGCUACCCAACUCCUCAAAAAAAUCAUUUUCAUUAUAAUCAAGACUUUAUACAACAGAGAGGGUCCAACAACAGCGUGAUCGCAAAUGGUUUUCACCAAGGAAAGCAAGUCAGCCCGAUCUCCAAAAAUUUUGACAAGAGAACACAAGGAUACAGAGUCAUGGAGCAAGAAAGAUGCUUGCAAAAUGGUUUUUCCUCUUCAGAAAGUCUUCAUGUUCACUCUACACUGUCAGCAAAUAACUGUUGUGGUCGAGGCCUUUACUCACCGCCUAUUGAUUUUUACAUGGACUCCAAUGACGUUACAUCCUCAUCACAGUCUGCAGCCCCUUCAGUCUUGCAACCAAGCUGUCAAAGUCAAAUCCAAGUGCCCACUCCAAAGCUUUCUUGGAACCAAAAGGUAACUGUGUCCAAGGUACAGUCCGACAUCAAAGCUCCAAUGCUCUCAACCCCACGGUCUUUAUCAACCGGUCCCCAGUCAAUGACCGUUGAUUCCAAGGUCAUCACUCCGUGCAAGUCGAAGUCUUUGGGUGAUCUGACAUCUGAAGACAUACUGUGUAACUUUCAGAGCAAAUACCACAUCAUUAGUCGCAGUUUCAUCACUCCACACAUGAGGAAGCAAAAAAGUCUGGGAACCAUGGGGGUAGGAUCUUUCCAGUCCAAAUCUCGUGAUCCCCUUACAGAACAGUUGCGCAAACUAGUCAGUUUUGAGAUUGAGGAUAGUGAAAGAGAAAUUUGUCAGUCUCCUCAAUGUGAUCAGGAAGUGCAGUCCCCAGAGACAUUGAACACAGAGCCAUCUACUUCCCAGGAUAUUGACGAGUCCCCUCUACCACUCACCCGUCGCUUAUCCUCCCGUAGCCAAAGCCGAGUGCGCCACAUCAACAACCGCGCCCGCGAAAGACAGCAGGAGGCCCUGAAACCACGUUCAGGUGGAAUGGUCAACAACGGGGUUGUUUUGAGGAAUAAACCAGCCUCACAGAAUUCACCUGUGAACAGACACUCUACUGGCUCUUACAUUGCAGGUUAUUUAGGCCAGCUGGAGGACAGGGGACUUCCUGAGGGAGCUUGUACAUCAUCCCGGUACGGAAAUGGGGAUCAACGUGCAGAUCACUACUGCACCAGUGACUCAUUUCCACAAUCAGACUCCUUCCACUUCUCGUCAGAGCCAGAGGUCUACUUCUUGCUUAGACUUUAGCUUUGACCUAAAACUUGAUAAAGGACAGUGUGACUCUGCACUGGUUGAUCAAGGAAUUAUAAACUUUUUUUCCCCUGCAAAACGGAAGCUUUUCCAUGAAGCUGGACAUCGAGUACACCGAAACAGUUUACUAGUGUUUUGUUUACAUUUCAAAUCACUCUUCAAGUUUCUCACCUGCGACUGGAAAAGACAAUGCUAACCAAUGAUGGCUAAAACUGGACCUGGACUGCCUGCUCUGUUGCUGUUCCACUCAAGUCCCAUAAGGUGUCAGUAGCACAAUAACAGAAAAGGGCUCAGAGCUUGGAAAAGCUAGUUGUAACUCUGUUUCACCUGUGUGACAACACCAUUUCAGCCGACAGUGUUUAAAAUUUGAUCGUUGCACGACCGUUUAGUGUCUCUCAGUUGGUCCUUGUCCUCUCAUGUUUAAAGAAAAGAAAGGCCUUUAAAAUCAGCCCCAUUUUAUUAGUGAGUCAAUCGAAAUUUACUUUUGCGAAGCCAUAUGCCGGUUUAUAACUUAAAUUUUGAAUAGAUAUUUGCUCUUUUAUAAGAUAAAUUUGAACCUUUAUAAGAUAAUUAUGGUUAUAUGAUGUGAAAUAGCUUGCAGGCAUUUUUUUGGGGGGGGCGGUGGUUGGCUAAUUAAUAUUGUUGACCUGUGUCUCACAGUUCUGCCAUUUGUAUUUGUCAGCUUCCAUUAAGGAUUCAGUAAUACAUUGUAUGGCUUUGGUUUUGGAAUGCAUUUUUGCUCCUUAAAGGUAAUUUUGGUUAAAUGAUGUGAGAAAGGUUAAAGGGAAAAUUUGUUUUUAACCUUUGAAGUCAUAUAAAGCUAAACGGUCGACCGCACAGUCAUUUCAAUCAUUCCAAAAUCCAAAGGCUCACUUUUAUCUGCUCCAAGGUAACCAAUCUACUUUUAUUAUUGGUAAAAUAGUGCUAUAAAUGUGAGGUCUCUUUAAUAUCCGUGCUUGCUAGCAGGCUUAACCAGCUAUGCUACUGAGGCUAGCUGCAAGCUCCUAGUUGCAACGUUUGUUUAGGUCUGAAGCAUUUGAAUGAUUGUGAGAGUAAACAAAGAGCUGGCCAGCUUUUACAGGAACUCUGUUGUUCCCUCAUAUCGUUUUACUUUCUAAUUUGUGGUUAACUUGAGUUCUGUGUGUCUUACAUCUUAGCUUCCAUAUUGAUGAUUUGCUUUGCACAAUCUCCUUGUCUACACGCGAAGGCAGACUCCAGAUAAAGCUCUGCGAUUGUCUGCAUAUUCAGUUGAAUCUGGUCAAAAAA